AUGAACAAAAAUAUAGGUACACUAACCCAGAUUAAUCAACGAUUAUUAAUACAUAUUUCUACUCUUUCCACAUUCCCUGUCUUUGACCCGGAAAACAUUAAAGAAGAGAUUGAUAGUUAUAUCUCUAAAGUGAAAUUCAUAAUAGAAACGGAAACACUUGGGGAAGAUGAGAAGGACCUAAUACGUCGUAUCAACGGCCAUGCAAAGGUAUUGGAAUGCAUUCUAUCUGAAAGAAUUGCACUUCAAGAGAGUUCUUUGGGUAUGUUACGGGUCGAGGAAGCUGUGCAGGAAGGAGCUGACCUGUGUAAGCGGGGAAGUCGUAGGUUGGUAAAACAACAACUAGAUAUAUUGGAGAACUGGUACAAUCAAAACUUACAGCAUCCAUAUCUAACGAGAGAAUCGAUUAUAGAAUUGAUGAAUUUGACGUCUCUAUCGAAGUCGCAGGUACAAAACUGGAUUUCCAACAGACGGAGAAAGGAGAAAAGGACAGAAAUUGAUCCUGACCUUGCUCCACUUUUAUUGUAA